CUUCCGGCAAACCGACAUGGCGUGCGGCUUCCGCAGGUCCAUCGCUGGUCAGCUUUCCAGAGUGUUGGAUCUUCCCCCAGAAAACUUGAUCAAGUCAAUAUCUGCAGUUCCAAUUUCAAAAAAAGAAGUAAAAGCUGAUUUUCAGAUUUCUGUGGAUUCUCUUUUGGAAAAUAGCAGUGACCAUUCAAGACUGAAUAUUCAAGAUAAAGCAGUGAGACUGGCAGAGAAGCUAAAAUGUGAUACAGUCGUAAGUGAAAUCAGCACUGGGCAAGGGACUGUUAAUUUCAAAAUAAACAGAGAACUUUUAACAAAGACAGUGCUACAACAAGUAAUCCAAGAUGGCUCAAGUUACGGAUUAGAAAGUGAACUUUUCUCUGGUCUUCCCCGGAAGAAGAUUGUGGUUGAAUUCAGUUCACCUAAUAUUGCCAAAAAAUUUCAUGUUGGACAUUUGCGUUCCACCAUCAUAGGAAAUUUUAUAGCGAAUCUCAAAGAAGCACUAGGACAUCAAGUAACAAGAGUGAAUUACCUUGGAGACUGGGGCAUGCAGUUUGGUCUUUUGGGAACUGGCUUCCAACUGUUUGGCUAUGAAGAAAAACUCCAAUCUAAUCCUUUGCAGCAUCUCUUUGAAGUUUAUGUGCAAGUUAAUAAAGAAGUGGCAGAGGAUAAAAGUAUAGCAAAGUCAGCACAUGAGUUUUUUCAGCGACUGGAACUGGGAGACAUGCAAGCACUUGCACUGUGGCAAAAAUUUCGGGAUUUGAGCAUAGAAGAAUAUGUUCGGAUUUAUAAGCGUCUAGGAAUACAGUUUGAUGAAUACUCAGGAGAAUCAUUUUAUCGUGAAAAAUCUCAAGAAGUCUUAAAGUGGCUGGACAAUAAAGGACUCCUACAGAAAACAAUAAAAGGAACAAGUGUAGUAGAUCUUUCUGGGAAUGGUGACCCCUCCUCACUUUGUACUGUAAUGAGAAGUGAUGGGACUUCACUCUAUGCAACCAGAGAUCUUGCAGCUGCUAUAGAGAGAAUGGACAAGUACAAUUUUGAUACAAUGAUUUAUGUGACAGAUAAAGGGCAAAAAAAGCAUUUCCAGCAAGUCUUCCAAAUACUGAAGAUCAUGGGCUAUGACUGGGCAGAAAGGUGCCAGCAUGUGCCUUUUGGAGUAGUGCAGGGAAUGAAGACUCGAAGAGGAGAUGUCACUUUUCUGGAAGAUGUUUUAAAUGAGAUUCAACUGAGAAUGUUACAGAACAUGGCUUCUGUUAAGACAACCAAAGAACUGGAGAACCCACAGGAAACGGCAGAGAAGGUUGGGCUUGCUGCACUCAUUAUCCAGGAUUUUAAAGGUUUACUCUUAUCUGAUUAUCAGUUCAGCUGGGAUCGUGUUUUCCAGAAUCGUGGAGACACAGGCGUCUUCCUGCAAUAUACACAUGCCCGCCUUCACAGUUUGGAGAAGACUUUUGGAUGUGGUUAUCUUAAUGACUUCAAUGCUGCUUGUUUACAAGAGCCACAAUCUAUUUCAAUUCUCCAGCAUCUGCUCAGGUUUGAUGAGGUGCUUUAUAGAUCAUCUCAGGACCUUCAACCCAAGCACAUUGUCAGUUACCUUCUAACGCUAAGUCAUCUUGCAGCUGUGGCACACAAAACACUGCACAUAAAGAACAGUCACCCUGAAGUGGCAGCGGCCAGACUUCAUCUUUUCAGAGCUGUCCGUUCUGUCUUAGCCAAUGGAAUGAAACUUCUUGGAAUAACACCUGUAUGUAGGAUGUAAUUUCUAAUGAAAGUGGCUUUAAAAAU